AUGAGCGAUAAAGGAGAUAGAGCUUCUUAGAAAGGGAAACAGCAGGAUUCCAAUAAUGGUAUAGUACCAUAACAAUUUAGAAUUAUGAACAUUAUAAAUAGUGGUUCAUUUGGAACAGUUUUUCAGGCAAUCGAGAAGAAUCUUAAAAUGGAAGUAGCAGUCAAGGUGUUAAAAAAUCCAGAUAAAGAUACAUUAAUGAUGUUGGAAGAUGAAAUUCGUAUUUUGAAGGACUUAUCUAAUAUUGAAGGAGUGCCAAAAAUUAUUAGUUAUGGAAACAAUUCAAGUUAUUAGUAUGUCGCAAUGACUCUUUUGGAUAAAGAUUUAGGAUUCUACUUUGCAUUUUGCCAGAAAAGAUUCAGUGUAAAAACAGUUCUUAUGCUCUCAAUCGACUUACUUACUAUAAUGGAGCAAAUUCACGACGCUGGGUACAUUCAUCGUGAUCUUAAGCCUGAAAAUAUGAUGAUGGGAAAAGGAAAGGAUGAGCGACUUUACGUUGUGGAUUUUGGAAUGUCGAAGGCGUACAUAAAUAUGUAAACGAAGGAACAUAUUGAGCCAAAGGCUUUGAGAUAAUUUGUAGGAACAUAUAGGUAUUGUGCGAUCACUGCUCAUCACGGCAACGAGCAGAGUAGAAAAGACGAUCUUGAAUCUUUAGGCUAUAUUUUAAUUUAUUUCGCAAAAGGGAAAUUGCCUUGGUAGGGAAUAAAUUCAACUCGUAAAGAAUAUGUAUAAAAUAUGAAACAAACAAUUAAAUUAGAAGAGCUUACUAAAGGCCUGCCUUCUAUCUUUCUCGAAUAUAUGAAAUAUGUAAAAUCUUUGGGUUUUAAGGAUAGGCCCGAUUAUAAGAACCUAAUUACUUAGUUCAAAAACACGAUGAAGUUUCUCAACUAUCAGCAAGAUGGAAUGUUUGAUUGGAAAAUAUAAAAAAUGCGCAGGAAUUAACAAAAAAAUAGAAAUAAUACAGUUAUAAUUUAAAACUCUGCUGGAGGCUUUAGAGAAGGAGGAGGAAGAUAACAAGAUACAGUCUUGGCAUAGAGAUAAGGUUCGGUAAACGCAGGAGGCGGUGCAGCAUAACAAAACUUACUUCAUAAAACAGCAUCUCAUAAUGUGAUAAACUUUGGCAAUAACCCAAAUAGAAGAGGUGAUAGAUUCGGAACAAUGAUAAGCCAUUAAACAAUGAUGACAAAUGGUGGCAUACUCCAGACUCAAGGAUCUUUUAGUAGAAGUGGUUCUAAAAAACCUUCUUUGAUGAGGAAUAAUACAAGAGCAAAAACUAAAAAAUCUACAUUUUUCACCACAAAGCAAUUUACAAUAGAGGAAAAAGAGUCUGUAGAUGCUUAUUCUAGCAAAUUUUAACUUGAUGCAUAUGGUGAUGAUUUAAGUUUAGAAGAUAAAAUAAUGAAAUUGAAUCACAAUACAACACAGCCUAAGUUUUUCAAUUUUUUACGUUCAAGGAUAUAAGCAAAAUGA